UGCUACUGCUCUUGUUCAUCUGCAGCAUUAUUUGGAUCACGGGUCUGCGGUUAGCACGACUCAGAUGGCUGGCUACAUGUCAUUUCUUCAGGGAUGGAUUAUUGCGCACUUUCCGAGACUUAGUGUGUGGGUGGAGGCUCCUAGAUAUACAGCGAACAUGCCACUAAAUUCAAAGGUUGUUCCUGGGCAAGGACAUAAGGAUGCAGCUGGAUAUAGAAGCAGUUUGGACAAUAUUCAAACUUACGAUUGCGUGUUCAGCCCGUAUGAUGCCCACCGACAAGUGCGACCUUUGAUAAAUGCAUGUUGGUUUUCUGGAUGGUUAAGGUGUGGUAAAUUGAAAGCCAAGCAUUUGCCGGAACGUGUGCUAAGACAAUUUCAACAUGUGCAAGGCAUUCCAAGAAACCCGAGUAUGUCUGCAACGCCGGGGAUGAACUUGUGUGAGAUAGAUCGUGUGUUUACGGAAGAAUUGGAGCUGAGAAUGAUAGAUGAAGAGAUGAGGGGUCGGCCUGUUACAAGCCCGUGGGACACUGAACCCGGAUAUAUGUCAUGGUUUUAUAGAGUGUCGCAUCCAGUUAUGCGACCCGUAGAAGCUCCUGAAUCACCACCAAGGCCACCUAAUUUAGAGGUGUUAAUAGAGGCGGCGGAAGCAAGAAAUGACCCUAAUCUAAUGCAAGUUUGCCGGAGUGUCAAGGUUGAGGUCGAAAGGGCAGUUCGCGAUGGUGAGGCGGUUGAAGGAACUCCAAUUCAUGGUACUUUGCAGCGGAUUCUGAAUUUGCUUAAUCCGAUACUUGCUUAUAGGCGAAUUAAGCGGGGGAAGGGGACACGCUACCACACUCGGGGGUAGACUUUGUUUGUUUUUGUAACUUUAAUGUUGACGUGGUUGUUUAUAAACUCUGAUGUUUGUUUUUAUUUUUGAUGUAACUUUGAUUAUGACAAUCGGAUGUAGUACACUACGUAUUUUAGUAUCGUUUAAUUCGUAA